GGGAUGCGGGAGGAGGAGGAGGAGAAGGAGGAAGAGGAGGAGGGAUGCUGAGGAGCUAAGGAGCCGCCUCGGCGAAGGGAUCCUCCGGGGCGCCGCUGCGGACAAGCGGGCGGGCGAGCCCUCGGGGCGGCGGCAGGCGGCGGAGGAGCCAGCAGCCCAGCCCCCCCCACCCCGCUUCUCUCCCGCUCCCUCCUCCGCCCUUUCCCCGCCGCCUUGCCGCCGCUCCCCCUGCCGCCGCCGUCGCCCUGGGGCCGGGCGGGCGGCCGGGGAAUCGCGGCGCUUGGAUGCCGGGAGCCCGCGGCAGAGACCCAGCCCCGAGCCCGCCAUGGGCUGCUGCGGGAGCGCCGCCUCUCAGAGCUCCAAGCGAGAGUGGAAGCCCCUGGAGGAUCGCAGCUGCACAGAUAUCCCAUGGCUGUUGCUGUUCAUUCUCUUUUGCGUCGGCAUGGGUCUUAUUUGUGGCUUUUCAAUAGCUACCGGAGCAGCUGCAAGAUUGGUUUCAGGAUAUGAUAGUUACGGAAAUAUCUGUGGACAGAAGAAUAUAAAAAUAGAUGGAAUAGACAACAGUGGCUUAGACCUCACAAAAAAGAAGUACGUGUUCUUUUUGGAGCCAUGCAAUGUAGAUCUGGUGAAACGGAAGAUCAAGUCCAUCGCUCUUUGUGUAUCAGCAUGUCCACGGAAGGAGUUGAAAACCCUGGCUGAGGUUCAGAAUUUUGCAGAGACUAAUGGCUCCACAUUGUGUAGUUAUGAACUAAAGCCAUCUGAAUACACUACAGAUCCAAGGGCUGCCAAGCUUUGCCCCAAGCUCCCAGUUCCAGAGAGUGCACCUAUUCCAUUCUUCCAUCGCUGUGCUCCUGUGAACAUUUCCUGCUAUGCCAAGUUUGCAGAGGCCCUGAUCACCUUUGUCAGUGACAGUAGUGUCUUGCACAGGCUGAUUAGUGGAGUAAUGACCUGCAGAGAGAUUAUAUUGGGACUUUGCUUGUUAUCACUAGUGCUUUCCAUGAUUAUGAUGGUGAUAAUAAGAUACAUUUCAAGAGUACUUGUUUGGAUUUUAACAAUUCUUGUUGUUCUGGGAUCACUUGGUGGUACAGGAGUAUUGUGGUGGUUGUACGCCAAGCAGCGGAAGUCUCCUAGCGAUACUCUUACAGUUGAUCAGCUUCAAAUAGCCAAAGACAAUCGUCAGGCCCUUCUGAUCUAUGCCAUUGCAGCUACGGUCUUCACGGUUAUCUUACUGUUGAUAAUGUUAGUUAUGCGCAAGCGAGUAUCUCUCACCAUUGCCUUGUUCCACGUGGCUGGCAAGGUCUUCAUUCACCUGCCACUACUCGUCUUCCAGCCAUUUUGGACGUUUUUUGCCCUCAUGCUCUUCUGGAUCUAUUGGAUCGCGGUCUUGCUCUUCCUAGGUACCACAGGUAGCCCUGUCAAAAACGACCAGGGCUUUGUAGAGUUCCAAGUUGCAGGCCCACUGAGGUACAUGUGGUGGUAUCACGUCGUGGGGUUAGUUUGGAUCAGUGAAUUCAUCCUUGCCUGUCAACAGAUGACUGUAGCAGGAGCCGUUGUGACAUACUAUUUUACAAGAGAAAAACGGAAUCUGCCAUUCACACCUAUUCUGGCGUCUGUCAAUCGCUUGAUCUGUUACCACCUAGGAACUGUGGCUAAAGGGGCUUUCAUUAUUACCUUAGUGAAGAUUCCACGAAUGAUACUCAUGUAUAUUCAUACCCAAGUCAAAGGAAAAGAAAAUGCCUGCGCUAGAUGUAUGUUGAAAGCCUGCAUUUGCUGCCUUUGGUGUUUAGAAAAGUGCCUGACUUACCUAAAUCAGAAUGCAUAUACAGCCACAGCUAUCAACAGCACCAACUUCUGCACCUCAGCGAAGGAUGCCUUUGUGAUACUAGUGGAGAACGCUCUGCGAGUGGCUGCCAUAAACACAGUGGGAGACUUCAUGCUCUUUCUAGGAAAGGUUCUAAUAGUGUGCUGCACGGGCCUGGCAGGGAUCAUGCUGCUGAACUACCAACGGGACUACACGGUGUGGGUGCUGCCGCUCAUCAUUGUCUGCCUGUUUGCAUUCUUAGUCGCUCACUGCUUCCUAUCCAUUUAUGAAAUGGUCGUGGACGUCCUCUUCUUAUGUUUUGCCAUUGACACCAAGUAUAACGAUGGCAGCCCUGGGAAGGAGUUCUACAUGGAUAAAGUUCUUAUGGAAUUUGUGGAGAACAGCAGAAAAGCAAUGAAGGAAGCUGGCAGGGGAGUUGGAGCCGAAGGCAGGGAGCUCAAACCGAUGGUAGGUCCUCUGGAAGAAGUGGCUGCUCUCUUCCAAGAGUUUCACGUGUACUUCCUGUCCCUUUCUGUUUUCACUGACUAUGCUUCUUCAGGAGAAGUCUUUGUCGUUUGUGUCACUCAGGAUGUUCUGCUUUUUUUGUUUGUGAGCUUGCCUAUCACCUGGAUGGCAGAGUUUUUGUCACAGCUGAGACCAUCUCCCAUAAAAGUAAGCUGAAAGGAACUGUAUCUUCGUGCUUCUACUGUGUUUCUGUAACCCCAGAGCGAAUUCUCUCAGUAGUGAUGUUACUGGUACUCAAAAUUACCUUUGGGCUGUAUACAUAGAGGGGGAAAACAGCCAAUAUGAAACAUAUAUAACUAUGCGCCCAGGUAUCCUAUUUGUGGUAGGGUCUCAAAACUUAGUCCAUGUUUUUAACUUGACAUUUACUAUCCUUUUGUUGGAAAAUAAGAUAUUACACUGAGUUGCUAAUAGGAUUCUGGAAGGCA